UGGUCAUUCCCUCUCCAUGUGAAUAGGAGGAGCCUUUAGUUUUAGAGGACACGACUUCAAGUCCAGGUGCUGAGGAGAGGGAAAGAGCGAGAGGGGUGGGGUGGUUUAUGCAGGUAAACACUAGUAAUCUCGACCACAGAGAGGCAAGUGCGGAGUUUAGCCCACACCCAGCACGCUUGCGGACACCGUACCGAUCCACAUGUGUUGAUGUAUCUUCCGUUUCAGCAACCCGCGAGUGGGAAGCAGCCAAUGCCAAUGCGCUCUCGACUGUGGACCGUGCUCGCAGGUCAGAGGAUGCGUAAAAAUGCUUUGUAACUGGAAUAGCAGGUGCUGGAAGAAGGGCGUCCGACUGUCAACACGUCUAAACUGUGCGCAUAGCGCCGAGCGCUGAUGUUCAAACCAUGGAGAAACAAGCUCUUGCAACGGCUCUGAGCUUGUCCAUGAGCGUUGUCUCUUUACUCUUGCUGGUCACCGCUAUCUUCACCGACCAUUGGUACGAGACAGACACCAGAAGGCAUAAGGAGAACUGCGACGAGUAUGGGUCGGAUUCUAACGACCAGAAAAACAGGGAGAUGCCAAUAUACCACUUGCCUCUUGUGGACAGCGGUAACUCCAAACGGAACGUGGCGCUUAUGAAGCCGAUUCACGUCGGGAGUAGAGAGGAGGAAUUGCUUGAGAACUGGAGGGCGAUACUGGGGAUGGGGAUUCUUGAGACGGAAUGUGGGCGUCCGUUGUUCUCCACAUAUUCUGGACUGUGGAGAAAAUGCUACUUUCAAGGCAUGGACCGAGAUAUCGAUAAACUCAUAUCAAAGGGUAUUGCGGACCGAUGCACAACUGUCAAGUACCAUUUCUCUCAGCCCAUUCGGCUUCGAAACAUCCCGCUCAACCUGACGAGAACCAUUCAGCAAGAUGAAUGGCAUCUCUUACAUCUGCGGCGAAUCACGGCGGGGUUCCUGGGGAUGGCGGCUGCCGUUUUGCUGUGUGGCAGCAUUGUGGCCACAGUGGGCUUCUUUUGGGAGGAGAGCCUCACCCAGCACGUCUCCGGCCUGCUCUUCCUCAUGGCAGGGAUCUUCUGCACCAUCUCCUUGUGCACCUACGCCGCCAGCGUCUCCUAUGACCUCUCCCGGAACCCACCCUUCAUCUACGGACUGCCCGGCGACGUGGACCAUGGCUACGGCUGGUCCAUCUUCAGCGCCUGGGUCAGCCUGGGACUGACCGUGGCAUCAGGCUGCCUCAGCACCACCUACCCCUUCCUCAGCCAAUCCAAGGCCCUGCACUCCAAAACCGCACGGGAGUCCUCAGUAUGAGCGGUAUGAGCAGUGUGAGAGAAUUGAGUGCCCCCUGUA